CAUCAUGAAUAAAGCUCCUCGUUCUGGUUGGCUAUUAAAAUUAACAAGUAAUACAUUUUGUGCUUCAAGGUGGCAAUCAAGGUAUUUCGUCUUGUUGGACUCUGAAAUGCGAUACUAUAAAGACGAACAUUCAACCAAUGCAUCUCGAACCAUUAGUCUUCGUGACAUUGCCAAGGUGACUCUCACGAAUUCUCCAAACCAUCCACAUUGUUUUCGAUUAGAACCCAUCACAGACAAGCAAAAGGUCUGGACAAUUGCCUGUCAGUCUGAAUACGAGCUGAAGGCCUGGGUGUCUGCUAUCAAACUUCGUUUAUCCAAUUUACCUAACAGAGAACAAGCCGGCCUUGUUUUAUCUCCUAGUCUUCAACCUUUCUCUAUGCCCGAACAAAAACGUCAACAACCUUUCCUCUCAUUCACUCGCAUAUUAACUUCAGCUUCUGCAGGUCAAGAAGUCUUGAGUUUCGUUCAACCUCGUAUUAUGAAACGAUCCAAUUUCUCUAUUUCUAGAAGAAGAGGUAUUAUUUUAUCUCCUUUGGAUAUGGAAACAAUUCCAGGUCUUGAAAACGACAUGUUGUCUUCUUCUUCCUCCUCUCGUGGCUCGAGCUCUCCUUCUCCCACUGCUAUUCUUGAAGAAGAGGAAUUGUUGGUUGAAGAAGCCUAUGCUAGCAAAAUCUCUGUCAAAAAUGCAUAUGUUAUGGAUGCCUCUUCGCCUUCUUUUGCACUUUACAAAGAGCGCAUAGGCCCUUUCUAAUUGUAUAUCUGUUCCCAUAUACUGUUAUCUGUGAUAAUCGUAUUCUGUAUAAAACUAUCAUGAUUUCGGAAGUAUUUAAACUUUAGAAAGGCAUGCAAAAUAAAAUGUUUGACACUCAGUCUUUUUUAUCUUU